AUGUCCAUUAGAAUAACUAGGGCCUACAAGACAAUCUCAGCUAAAGCAGUCGGAGUAAUAGCUGCAAUAUUACCCAUAGACCUCCUUAUCAAUGAAAGAGCCAACAUAUACAACGGACAGGACAGAGCCACGGCGCGAAAUUCCCCAAUGGCCAAUUGGCAGGGGCGCUGGAGAACUAUUACAAAAGGCCGAUGGACACAUAGGAUCAUCACAAACAUUAGCAAUUGGCAGAAUAGGCGCUACGGGGAGGUCGACUACUACCUCACUCAGGCCCUCUCGGGGUACGGCUGCUUCAACGCAUUCCUAUAUAAAAGGAAAAGAUCAAAUACGGAGAUUUGUAAAUACUGUGAAGCAAUAGAUGAUGCGGAACAUAUGCUUUUUGCUGUCCUAAAUGGCAUGACGCAAGAGAGAUAUAUGAGAAAGAAUUGGGCAGGUUUACUCUGGAGAACUUUGCCUUGGACAUCAUGGGAGAAGAAAAUGAAUGGAAGAUAA